GAAAGACAAGUUGCAGAGCCACCAGCAGAAGACUCCUCUCCCCCUUCCUCUUCCUCUCACCCUCUCCAAUCAGCCUAUCUGGGAAACCUGGGAACUUUCUCCUUCCAGAGCUCCGGCAGCUAGAUCCACCCAGCUUAUCUAUCUCCAUCGCCCUCUUGCUCUGCGCCAGGUAGCUUAGCUUGUCCUCUGCGUGUGGGAGGUAGUUGAAGAUGGGGCGCGGCAAGAUAGUGAUCCGGCGGAUCGACAACUCCACGAGCCGGCAGGUGACGUUCUCGAAGCGGCGGAACGGGAUCUUCAAGAAGGCCAAGGAGCUGGGUAUUCUCUGCGAUGCCGAGGUCGGUCUCGUCAUCUUCUCCAGCACCGGCCGCCUCUAUGAGUACGCCAGCUCCAGCAUGAAGUCAGUGAUAGAUCGAUAUGGACGAGCCAAGGAGGAGCAGCAACUUGUUGCAAACCCCAACUCGGAGCUUAAGUUCUGGCAAAGGGAGGCAGCAAGCUUGAGACAACAACUGCACAACUUGCAAGAAAAUCAUCGGCAGUUGAUGGGACAAGAUCUUUCUGGAAUGGGUGUCAAGGAACUACAGACUCUAGAAAAUCAACUGGAAAUAAGCCUGCGUUGCAUCCGGACAAAAAAGGACCAAAUCUUAAUUGAUGAGAUUCAUGAACUGAAUCACAAGGGGAGUCUUGUCCACCAAGAAAACAUGGAAUUAUACAAAAAGAUUAACCUAAUUCGUCAAGAAAAUGCUGAGUUACACAAAAAGCUCUCUGAGACGGAGGCAGCGACUGAAGUUAACCGAGAUUCAAGAACCCCAUACAAUUUUGCAGUUGUUGAAGAUGCCAAUGUUUCUGUUAAUCUUGAACUCAAUUCCCCGCAGCAACAAAAUGAUGUUCAGCAUACUGCGCCCCCUAAACUAGGAUUGCAACUACAUCCAUGACGAUCGUGGGGUAUGGGGUUACUCUUGUUGUUAUUAUUCUCAAGGGAUACAAUUCAGAGCAGCCAGAAUAUUCCUGGUUGUAAAGAACCUAAACCCAUAGCAAGACAUAAGUGGUUCGCAUGUGACGACCAAUUGAUAAACGGUAGUGUAAAUCUGUUACAAAUAAAAUGUACUCCAUGGAAGGAUUAAUCUGAUGUGCAAAUGGUUGUAUUAGAACUAUUUAACACAUUCUGCGAGUUUGUUCAACUGCAUGAGCGGCUAGCUUAUUGACAAAAGGUGUGAAGUGUGGAUUGAGCAAAAUUCAGUUACCACUUUUUUCUGUCUUCAUUCUUAGAAAGUUAUGUGGUGUGUGACAGGGUUUACAUUUCUCCAUUUCAUUUGUAAGUAUGCCACCGUUUGCACGUUCACAAAUGCUAAUAAAAGUAUCACUCAGGUCUCAGGCACAGAGAAAUUAACUGGAAAUAAAUACUAUGGCAAGAGAGCCACUAGCUUAGCUAACAGGUGGAAAUACUUUGUCCGUUCACACAUCACGGUAAACAAAGAUUGUUGGUUAGCAAUAUUGACCUGAUUAGCUAAAGGUUUAAUAGCAAAAUAAUGAUAUAUCCUGGAACUCAAUGCCAUGGGUCCCUAUAGCUCUGGAUAUAUGACGUGUAUCUUUUUUAUCAAAAUUUCAAACUUUCACCAGAAGUUUCUUCUACAAUCUUUUGUUAAUAAUUAGAAAUCACAAUCAUAAGGAACUACUUCAGAAUACAAAUCAAAUGCUACAAAUUUUGUGUCAAGUAACCCACAUAUCAUUUUACUAUAGUUCUUGGUCAAAGCAUGAACUUUGACAAUUAAAAUACGCCUAAUAAUACCUGAGGGGAGUAAAUAUUACUGCCACAUCAAUAUUAUGAAUUCAUGAAUAACAGUAACAGAUUUAUCUAUAAAGUUCAUAUUAAAUACAAAAAUUGCUCCUCGAUAUUCCAGGAUUGCUUCAACCAUUUCUCUAUUAAAAUAGCUUCAAGUAAGUCAGGUUCUCGGGUGUACAACACACACGUAUCUGUCAGCGGCAUUUGUGAUUCACAUGCAGAUAAAGCAGCUCCAGAUCAACUGAAUUUAUCAUACCCGGAACUCGUAUCUUUAUAGAUUGAUUUCAACAAUGUUUCGAAUCAUGUUGUUAUGACCGGGCAGACUUAUGCCCGUAGGAGGCCCACCGGGCAAGUUUAGUUAGGGGAUUGGCCCACAAGUUAUCUUAUUUUCAGCAUCGUGGUUAUAUAUACUAGCUGUAAGACUAUUUUUGAGAUUAAGCAAUAAGAAGAAUUCUAUUGCCCGGCUCCCAGAGGAGCCGGACCCUAAACCCUAGCCGCCCUCUAUCUCAGCCGCCGCCUCCCUCCCUCAAGCUCGCGACGGCGCCCGCGCGCCGGAAGCCGCGCCCUCGCCCCCAACAACCUCCGGUCUUCCCCUACAACCUCAGGAGCCGGUCCAGUAGGACCCCAGCUUCUACCAAUUUGGUAUCCAGAGACUCGGGUUCGAUCAUGUCUUCUUCAACGCCCUUGCCGCCGCUGCCCAUCGUCACCACCGCGCCGAUGACCACCACCCCGAUGACCACCGCCGGGGCCCCCACGCUGCCGGGCCUGGUCACCACCGCGGGCUCCCCACCGUCGGGAUCUCGUGACGGCCGUCCAGGGACUCCAUCUGAACCAGUACCACCAGUACAUGGCCGGGCCGUACGCACCUCCGCCGGCUGCGCCGAUCGCCGCCUACAGCCACCCCACGCUGCCGUGGCCGUCCCAGGGCGCGCCUGCAUACAACGGGCAGCCGCUGCUGCCGUUCCAGGCGGGCCCCCCGCGCUGCCGUGGCCGGCCCAAGGCGCGCCGGCCUGCACUGGGCUGCCGCUGCUGCCGUUCCAGGCAAGGCACCCCGGCGGGACCACUCCG